GUAAGAAAGCUUUUCAUUUUAUCUGGUUUACAGUAUGGAUGAACAAAAGAGCAUUUCUUAUUUAUCUAAAUAUCUAACAAGCAAAUUACUGAUUUCAUCUGGAAUUUUACAUAAGCCACAAAAAGUUGGUUUAUUUUGUGUUCAUAUUGAAGCGGAGACACCUUAGCUGUCGUUUUGCAAAUAAGCUCUUGCUGUCACCACUUUUAUGCUUUCUGAGGUGAUACUGGAAAUGGCCUUUUCUGCAUGCAAGAAUCUCAAUGGUCCCUUGGAAAUUUCUUAUGGCACGAAUUGCAAUGGUACAAACACAUUACAAUACACAUGGGUAUCUGCAAGGCUAAAAUACAGAGGACAGUUUCUUGUGAAUACAAGAGACUCAGUUUCAAAAGGUAACUGGAAAAUUUAUGGAAUGAAUAAUCGAAAUUGUUUCCAGAAUGGAAAAUUUGUCUCUUUGUGUCCCAUCUCGCGAGCUAGUAAAAGUGAAGUUCAAGAGUGUCCUGCUGAUCAUAAAGAAGGCCUAUCAGAUCCUUCAACGCCACUUUGUGAAGGCUAUCCAGAGGCAAGAAGGGAUGCUUUGUGUUCGGGCAAGGAAGAUGAAAAUAAUUUAGAUCCUGUCUGUUCACGUUGCUGCCCUUCUUUAUUCUUACACCCAGCUUGUGGUUCUUGUCGAGGUUUAGCUAAAGCUGCCAAAUAUGCUUGUAAUGAUGCCAAAUUUAUGAAUGAACGGGCACGAAAUGACAUUGUCUUACUCUCACGAGGGAUCACAAGGUUGAAUGACCGUGCACGCCAGGAUGUAGCUAUUCUUGGUUUGGAAUUUCUCAAACUUGAUGCACGAGCAAGAGAAGAUACAGGAAAGAUUGACAGCAAUGUAAAGCAAAAGGCUGCAUACCUUCAGCGAAUAGCAGAGGGUCUGACAGAUCAAGCUCAAAUUAAAUUGAAGACUGCAGCUGCUAAACACUGGAAUGAUGGGGCUCUAGAAGCUGAUUUACGGCGAGCUGAUUUGCGUGCACGGCGGCGUGCCAUGGAAGAUGCAUUCAUGGCUUUAGAGGUAUGUCUUGGCUACUUGAUUUUAAAAUUGAGCAGAAAUAUAUUAUUGUUAAGUUUAUAUUCCCAAUAUGAACAGCCAAGGAUGAUCUGGCAUCAUGAUAUGUGA